UGGGUGAAGGGAAGGUGGGCAGCGGGCACAAGAAGGAAUAAAGAGGAGAGCGCAGGAGAGGAGAGUCUGCAGAGGGAGGUGCACUACUCACUAACUGCUUCAUUUCAUUACCUAGGAUUUGCAUCAGCACUUGGGGAACAACGAGAGAAGAGAGUGAACAAAGCAGGAUCUUCAGCAGAACUAAAGAUGGAGUGGUAUGUGUUGGUGUUGAUGCUCAGUUUGCCCUCUUUAUCCUGGGCUGGCUGCUCUGAACAGUGUCUCAAAUGCGCUCUGCAGAUCUCCGACUCACCGCUCAACCUGCUGACCUGUACUUUAGAGUGCGACGGGACACUGACGUCCAGCAGCGAGCUGAUUCGGUGCGAGAAGAUCUUAUGGGAUCGACCCGAGGACGAUCUACAGGAUCCGAUAGUGACCAAUCCAGUCAAGCGUUACGGAGGAUUCAUAAAAAGGAUCGAGAAAAACAAAAAAAACCUGCUUAUUUCACCCUGGAGGGAGAACGCUGUAGAAAAGGGGUCACUGGCAAAGAAAUACGGCGACGCCAUGUUAAAGGUGAUGGAGAGAAAUGCACCCGAACUGACCGAGGAAGUCGAAGGUGAAGAACGAACUGGGACUGGGGACUGGGAACGUUCAGAGAAUGAACUGGGACUUUACGACAGUUCGUUUCCGCUGAACGAGGUAAAACGUUAUGGCGGCUUCCGGCGAAAAUUUGUCCCCAAAAGAAGCGAGCCUGAAGAAGAAACCGGCCAACAGGAGCUGCAGAAAAGAUACGGAGGCUUCAUGAGAAGAAUCCGUCCUAAAUUGAACUGGGACAACCAGAAGAGAUAUGGCGGCUUUUUACGACGUCAUUUCAAAAUAUCUGUGCGUUCCGACGAGGAGCCUUCAUCAUACGACGAAUUUGGUCUUUAAAGUGUUUUGUAAAGAAAGAAAAAGUAGCUGAACUUAUUACCGGCUCAUGAAGCCUCAUGACUUUUUGUUGUACUAGCCAAAAAAUAUGCUGCUAAACGUGUGGAGCCCGAAUCCACUGUACAACCCGCUCUUUACGGCACGUGUGUUAAAUCUCCGCCAUGUUUCUGUUAGGUGUAAACAAAUCCCAUGCGUGCUGUAUUUUAAUGCUUGUUUUGAAAUCACAAUAAAGGGAGAGACCUCUGAUUCGCCAGACUUUAUUUUACUUCGGAACAUCGAGACUUGCAGUUUAACGACAGAAGUAUAAAACGUACAAACGUACUAAACUGGAUGUACAGAAUAUAUAUAGCAAAACGUGUUUGAGUGUUUUAGCACAAUCUUGUUGUAACUCUAUGUAAAAUAUUAAAGUUUUCAGUUUCCCCACCUAACCUUUGUCAGAAGUAACAAACAAACAAACAAACAAACAAAUAAACAGACAGACAAAUAAAUAAACAAACAAACAGACAAAUAUAUAAAUAAACAAACAGACAAAUAAAUAAACAAACCAAAA